AUGGCUUCUGCGAACGAGAAAUCACCCCAGACAAAAAAGGAGUUCCUGCGCUGGUUGACUAAGACCAAAAAGUGGCCCGAUGUGGCAGACAAGGUCGAUGAGUUCGAGUGGGAGGACUUGCUUUCCUUUGACGAGAGGACAUGGGAAAAGGAAUUUGGGGCAAUGAGAGCUCAACUUAUUGAGGACGAUCUGUCUGGAUAUUCCAAGAAGUUUCGAGCUUAUAGUCUACCCGCUCCUUGGCUUGCCGGGCCACCUAUAAACGACUCGUUCAGAGAUUGUCUUACAAAAGAAUUCCGACUCUUGAAUAAGGUCGCCUUCGAUCAAGCUUGCAAAACGCUACGGUGCCCGCGGACGGAAUUUGACCUAUUACAGCAACAUCCGGCGUUUAUAUGCAUCCUAGAUGGGCCCGGUGUAGGCAAAUCAAGGUUCAUCUAUGAAGCUGCGAAAGAGGCAAAGGCCUUUAUUCUCCGGACUUCCUUUGAGUAUGGUAUCCUGAAGUCUGUGAUCGAUGAAGCGGACAACCACAAAUACCAUUAUGCUCUAGCAGAGACAGUUGUCCUGCACUUAUGCCACGCAUUUCGAACAGCCUUUGUGACAAUUUUUGAUCGAGCAUCAGAGGCGAUUUUAUCAUUUAAGAAAUCUGGUGAUCCACCUUUGGAAAUCACGUUGACAAAAAAUUUUCUCCCAAACUACGAGGACGAAGAUAUCAAAGAACUUAUGGGAAAAGCAUUGGAUGAGCUAAAAGUUUUGUUGGAUGGCACAGCCAUGGUCAUUAUUAUGGAUGAAGCUCAGUGCAUGGGACCACCACCUGGAAAAUUGCGAAAUUAUGGUAGUGUUCAGGAACUGAUUUCCAACAACACAAGAACAUAUCCGAAAAUGGACUAUAUUGAUGAUGAGGUGAUGCCCACGCCAAAGCACUUUGUCUCAAUUGCGCUUCACUUAGUGCUUCAAGAAGUGGUCCCCAUGGGACUUUCCCGAAACAUUGCUAUUGCGGUCUUAGGCUUGGACCCAACCUUAAACAUUCAUAAAGCAUUGGCACGGUCUGGGUUGACAACAUUCUCUUUCUGCCAAGAUAUUGCAAAAACACUGCCCUAUUUUACCUAUAAGGAUGUGAUGGAGGUUGUUGGGCAAUACAUUGAUCUCAACUUCUAUCCACCAAUGGAAAUAGCACCUGUUAUAGCACAACUAACAGGGCCACCCAGAAUUACAGAAAUUUUUCUUGAAACAUGUUGGCAAAAACGAAGAUUUCGCUUUCCAGAAUUGAUGAAUGACACGUUUUUUUCCUUCUGUUCGCGAUACAACUUGAGUAAUGUGAAGGGAGGAGAAAAUAUGCUUCGGCUGUUUUUCAAAUUGACAUAUUUUCCAACACAAUUUGGUGGCUCGAUAAUUUAUGAGGAUAUGAAUACUGUGGUAGAGUACCAUGAUAAGAGUGAGGGAUAUCAUAUUAUUGCUAAAUAUCACAGGCAGAUGAGUGUAAUCGGAAUUGUGCGUGUCCAACUUUUUGAACGUGUUGCUAGCAAGGUCUUUCAGAUUAGUGAACCAUAUCCUUUUGCAUACCGGGCAUUGCGAGAAGUAGCUGGCUACAAGAACCUUAAGGAACCCAUUGUAGGAAGCCUAAUGAACAUGAAGGAGAUGGGUGGUGAACUUUUUGAAUAUGCUGUUGGCAAGGAAUUGUCAUUUAGAUUUUCACCCAUUUAUGGACGAAUAUUGCGAAUGACUGGAUAUGAUGUGCUUCCCAAUUUGGAACAAAUGGUGUUUGAACCUUUCAAUACAAUUGAGACACGAAAUGAUUCUAGCAUCCUAGAUGAGAAUCACCAAACUGUCCGAUGGAUUCAUGAUAAGAACUCUAGAGACACCAUGAAGGUAGAUGUGUGGACUUUCGGAUAUAAUGAUAAACCAGCACAAGAUUUACCACCAGUGAUUGAUAUAUUUGUGCAGGUUACAAAGCAAAAAGAUGGAGUAGAUCAAAAAUUAGAUGAAACGCUCCGUCAUUGGCUUUGUGCUGUACCCAUUCUACAUGAGGCACCUGCCAUCCUUGUAUUCAUUAGUUGGCACCCUGUUACAAUCCCAGGAUGUGUCAAAUUGGAAGACAAUGGGAGAGUGACAUAUAUAGGGGUACAAACACGUAACCAACAGGAUCAGAUGAAGGAAAAGGGACCACAACAUUGGUUGUUAGUCUUCUCUGGGGCUGAGUUAAAUAACACUGUAGUUCCACUUCUUGCACUUGUGGACAAUCCCCCAGCUGAUAUCAAGGAAAAGUAUAACUUUGAAUAA